AUGGACUUCGACUUCGAGCUGCUCCAACCUUGUGAAGAACCCUUCUAUGGCAUCGUCCCCGGCAAAGGAUCCUACCCGAUUGUUCGAGUUGUUUUGCAAAUCACCUUUGGCACACAGGCCAACUACUGUCCGAAGUACCUCAUAUUCGAUGUGGCAAACUUCAAGACUUUUUACCAUGCUAGCAAGUUCAUGGCGAUCCCAUACCACACAUACCUUGUCCUCAAGAUGCCGGCUCCAAAUGGAGUCCUCUCCAUCUACGGCGAUGUCGAGACGUCGUACAAAUGCUACAUCAAGGCAUUUCAGCUCGUGGAAGCCUUGGAGUUAUCAGCUAAGACCACCGCCAUAAUAGCCAAGGCCUAG